UACCCUAAAAGAAAAUUUCUCAUCAGAACACUGCAUAAGCAACUAGGCAUAAUGAUAAUUAUGAUAUUGCUGUUUCUCUUAUUACAUAUCUUCUUUGCUUCACACUCCUUGUCUCUUUCUCUCUCAAGUACUCAGAAGAGAGAGACAGAGAGAGAUUACCUACCAACCAACCUCACCAUAGUUAAGUUGUUGCUUAAUACCUUAAACACAAUUCACAUCACUCUUACCCUCUCUUGUUCAGUCUUCUCGGAGGUUCAGAGAGAGAGAGAGAGGGGGAAAAAAUCCAACUUUUUUCUUGAAAGCUUGGUGGGUAUUAAUGAUCUUUGCCUCCCUGAGCCAUUACAUGAAGAUUCUCAACUUGGGAAUUUACAAUGUCAAUGUUGGUUACUGAGGACAACAACAACAACAAUAAUAAGCCUCAUGUUGUUGUUGACGUAGACAAUAAUGUCUCUCAAGGUAGUACUAGUAGCUGUGUCGGCAAUGAAGGUUGUGCUUCUUCUGAGACAAGUGAGGAACAACAACAAAGUAAUUCCCAUGAUUCUGGUUCCGAGAUUGUUGCUGGAGCAAUUGAGAAAGAGAGAGGGUCUUCAGUUUCAUCAGAUCAGUGUUCUGUGGAGCUUGUGGAUCUGGAGAGUGAUGUGGAUAAGGUACGGCACUUAGAUCAUGAUAACAAUAAUAAUAAUAAUAAGGUGGAGAGGGAUUGCAGGAUUUGUCACCUAAGCAUGGAUAUGACCAACCAUGAAUCUGGUGGGUCCCCCAUUGAACUUGGUUGUUCUUGUAAGGAUGAUUUGGCUGCUGCACAUAAACAAUGUGCUGAGGCUUGGUUCAAGAUCAAAGGCAACAAAACUUGUGAAAUUUGUGGAUCAAUUGCACACAAUGUAGCCGGCACAAUCGAAGUUCAAAUGACAGAACAGUGGAAUGACUCCAAUGAUGCUUCCAUUGCUCCACCAACCGGGCCUGCACCCCCGGCCAGCGAAACUCGAAACUUCUGGCAGGGACAUCGUUUUUUGAAUUUCCUACUAGCUUGUAUGGUCUUUGCAUUUGUCAUAUCCUGGCUUUUUCACUUCAAUGUGCCCUCAUGAAUGAAGCAGGUUAAGAUGAUUGAGGGUGUAAUCAAACCAAUCUAUGGAUCUUAUUAUCACAGGUAGCAAACUCAUUUACCUGUGUCAUUCUCAAAUUGUUGAUUUUGGAGGCUGUGUUUUUGCUUUUUACAUAUAUGAAUGAUGUUCAUUAUGUGUAUUUUUUGAUGUAGUAUUGUUGUUGAUACCUUCAAGAGUAUUAUGGAAAGUUAAGUUUAUUUUCAUUACCCGAAUUUGUAUAUCAUUGUAGAAAUUGUAUUGGACA